AUGCCACCCAUGGAUCCAAUUUCUCGACCAUCCUCGACCUCAACAGUGAACUCUUCUUUACACCAUAGCGCUUCACUGCCGCAACUACCUGGUCUCUCCGCACUGGCUUCAUUAGCUUCGGGUACAAGUUCACCACAAUUGAGAGCAUUCAAUGUUGGACAAAAUGUAAAUAUGGGGUAUGCGACAUCAUCGCCAUCUGCUACAUCCGGAGGAGGGCAAAACAAUUCACCACCUACCUGUCAGAAUUGUCAGACUUCAACGACUCCCUUAUGGCGGAGAGAUGAAAUAGGAUCUGUAUUAUGCAAUGCUUGUGGUCUCUUCCUGAAAUUGCACGGGCGGCCUCGGCCGAUAAGCCUCAAGACAGAUGUUAUCAAGAGUCGAAAUCGCGUCAAGAGUUCAGGUACUGCUCAGGGUGCAAAGAAAAAGACUCUAUACGAAGCUAAUGGUCUUGACCAAGCGCGAUCGCAAGCUGGCACACCACCGCCAGGUUCACUUGGGCAUAGAAGAGCAUCAGGAAAGUCUGCCAACGGUCAUUCAGAUGGAUCGAAUUCUCCCAUCUCCAGAACUGCGACUCCUUCGAUGUACGGUAAUCAUUUACCCCCAUUCAACGGAAAUGGUUUGGAAGAACAUCAUUACAAUCAUUCCCCUUCUCUUCCGCCUAUGCACAUUCGACAACCUUCCCCUGGCGAUAUACGGUCUACGUCCCCAUCUAUGAAUGGUCCGCAUGGUCUCGAAGUACCUCAGACAUACGAACAGCUUAUCGCCCAGAAUUCUUCUUUGAAAACUCGCGUCAACGAGCUGGAGGUUAUAAACGAACUCUUUCGUGGUCGAGUCACCCAGCUUGAACAGGAUGAAGCCAAUGCGAACCAAGGAGUGGCGAUGCUCAGAGAAUCAGAGAAUAAUCUAGUGAAUCGACUUGAAGAAUCUCAACGUCGAGAAAAUCAAUUGAAGCGUCGCCUGGAUGAUGUUGAGCGUGAACUCAACGAAUUGCGUGACGGGGCACCUCGCGCUAAGAAAAUGCGUGUUGCAGAUAUGGUUGGAGACAGCGAGUCAUCAACUCCACAAUCAGCCACUUCAUAG